AAUAAAAAGCAAAUAUUUCGUUUUGCUGUAAACAUGAUGCAAGCACCCGCCGUUUGGCCCGGGGAGGAUCAGCAGCCGUCAUUGCUGGACCAGGAGGAUUCCCUAUCCAUCCAGGUUCCUGUAUCUGUACCCUGCCCAGCAGAAGAGGACAUCCAUGACUGCAGGUCAAACAGUGUCAAGCCUCCCUGGAGUAAAUCCAAAGGAGAGCUGGUCAUAGUGAUAAACGACAAACUGAAGAAUGGUAAUGGGAUCCACUCGGCUUCUGCAGAGAGCACCUCGCCAGUCAUCUCUCCUCCACCCAGACGACAGCACUCUAUCUCUUACCCCCAUCACGGCAAGACCAGGAAGGGGAGCAGGGCGGGCUCAUUCGGCUACACCGCCUUUUCGCCAAGGCCAUCAAUUUCUCGACACUCAAGCAUCGCUACUGAACCUCCAUUGGACCGGACCAAAGUCAAAGACUACCUUGUCCUGUCUGUUCUGGCUUGCUUUUGCCCGGUUUGGCCCAUCAACAUUGUGGGCUUUGUUUACUCCAUCAUGUCCAGAAACAGUCUGGAGCAGGGAAACCUGGAUGGGGCUGUGCGUCUGGGGCGCGUGGCCAAGAUGCUCUCCAUGGUGUCACUGGUAGGAGGGUUGGUCAUUAUCAUCGCCUGCAUUGUCAACCUUGCCAUCAAUGUGAAAACCUGAGUUUGAUCCCAGGGUGAAACCGGAUAAGGCAACUGACUGUCUGGCCCCCCACCUGCAUCACCGCCAUCUUUACUGCCUAGUCAUUACCUGGAUGUGUGACAAAUCUGCACCUGAUAUUCAGCUCUUAAUUAUGUUCUGUCUAUAUGAAUCCCUUUUUGCUCCUAGUAGACAGUGAAGUAUGCUAAUGGGGGUGGGGGGGACAGGAGUAGACGGACUGAUCAGUCUCCUUUAUGUUAUAGUCGACGCGUUCAGAAUGAUUAAGAUACACCUCAGUGCAGACAUGACUGAUAUGGUGGACUCAAACAAGUUAAUGUGGGUUCUUGCAGAAUGUUAAGCGUGAGGAAUAUCCUAGCUUCAACGCCACACGCAAGUAGCAACACCGUCUGCCACGUUCAUCAUCCACUGCACCAACAAAAGGACACAUCAGAGCUUCAGCUUGCUACUAAAUCGCAUCGGACACGUGGAGUGGCUUUGGGAUUUGUUUGCCCGGAAUUGCAGAGGAACAAGUACUUUGUCCUUGUGUCAGACUUUGACAUUCGUGACUCUUGCCUACUCUCUGUGUUUGAGGACAAGUGUCCAAAAGAGGCUUAUUAAGGAUGGGUGCUAAAAUCAAAGGGAUUACAUAACCAGUCUUGCACAGACCUCUGUCACCACUGCACACUAACAUAUGUGCCAAAAAA